AUGUGUUUUUUCACUAUUCUACUAUCACUCAUAUUUAUGAGUCAUAUUUCCUGCACAAAAAAGAAGAAGAAUGUUCGAAAAGUUCAAUGUGGUUCUUCGAUGUCAGAAAGACGUGGAGGUGGAGUUGCGAAAACUCCAACACAAAAAAAUUCUGGCACAAACACUGCGAUUCCAAAAUCACUUGCACCAACACAAAGACGAUCAGCAACAAAUGCACAAUCAGCGGUUCUCGACAAUACACAAGAAUCGAAUGUUCAAGAUGUUGCUGUUUCGAAAGUUGGAUCAAAUACAACUGUGAAAAAUAAUCAAGGAACACAACGAUUAUCGAAUCGAUCAACUGUCAGAUUAUCGCAAAGUCAACAACUUAAUGAUGGGUGAAUAGAUUUUUGUUGAUUUUUAGAUAUGAACUGGGUUCCUAGAAUAUCAAAAAAUAGAUCUGAUUAUCAGAACUUUCAAAAAUUUCCCAAAUCAAAAUUUUGUAUUUUUCAGCCCACAAGAACCCGAAUUCUUACCAUCUGAUCAGGAUGAUGAUACAAUGCGAUGUGUGAAAAGCAUCAGAAGAAAUUAA